GAUAUUCAUUCUUGUGUGAAACUUCAGUCACCAGCGAAACGAGACUUAGGCCAUCGUAACAUUUUCUACGGGAAGGCCGCUGUAGCCUUUAGUUAUUUUCUUAUCAUAAUGGAUGCGAAGGUGAUCAAUAUGUGAAUGUUUGGGAGCCAGAAGAAGCUCAGGUUAUUUUGUCUGGGUUUCUCUUAAGAGUCGUAUCGCUCCCGAAAUAUGACGAUACCGGUUGCUGUUCAUACCGUUUUCGGGACGGCGGUGAUUGUUUUCAUCGUCAUUCUCGGUUCAGUCAAUGGCGAUAUCCAGAAGACUGAAAAGAUUGCCCUGAAGGAGAGAGUAAUAAAGAUGUUCUACCAUGCAUAUGAUUCAUAUAUGAAAUAUGCUUACCCUGCUGAUGAGCUUAUGCCACUGAGCUGUAAAGGGAGGUAUCGAGGAAGUGAACCAGAUAGAGGAGAUAUUGAUGAGACUCUUGGAAACUUUUCACUUACACUUAUUGACACACUUGACACUUUAGCUGUUCUUGGCAAUAUCAGUGAGUUUGAAAAGGCUGUAAAGUUGGUUAUAAAUGAAGUAACAUUUGACACAGAUGUUGUUGUAUCUGUGUUUGAAACCAAUAUCCGUGUUUUAGGUGGGCUACUUGGAGCCCAUGUUGUUUCAGCGACCUUAAAACUAGAAGAUAAAGGGAUGCAAUGGUACAAUGGAGAGCUGCUUGACAUGGCAGUUGAUAUUGCUGAUAGAUUGUUAGUUGCGUUUAACACAACCACUGGCAUACCAUACUCAAGGGUGAAUCUUUUAUAUGGCAUUCAUCAUCCCAUGUCUCGAAUUGUCAAUGAAAAGGACACGUGUACUGCAUGUGGUGGAACCAUGAUUAUGGAGUUUGCAGCCUUGAGUCGACUGACUGGAAAUCCGAUUUAUGAGGCCAAGGCCCGAAAAGCAAUGGAGUCGAUCUGGCAUUUCCGCAGCCGCAGCAGUGACUUGGUUGGUACUGUCAUUGAUGUUCAUAAUGGGGACUGGAUACGGAGAGAUAGUGGAAUUGGCGCAGGGAUCGACUCGUACUAUGAAUAUUGCCUGAAAGCUUACAUCCUUCUUGGAGAUACAACAUACUUAGAAAAAUUUAACAAGCACUACGCGGCCAUCAACAAAUACAUUCGACAAGGUGUUAUGAUGCUGGAUGUCUUAAUGCACCAGCCUGAUCGUCCAAUCCGUUCUUUCGUUGAUUCUCUUCAAGCGUUUUGGCCAGGUCUUCAGGUUCUGAUGGGAGACUUGAAGCCAGCCAUUGAAACACACGAAAUGCUAUACGAAGUUGCUAAGCGACAUAAAUUUAUUCCUGAGGCCUUCACUACAAAUUUCGAUUUGUACUGGUCACAGCAUCCAUUGAGACCAGAAUUUGCUGAAAGCACAUAUUUUCUUUUUGAGGCAACCAAAGACCCAUACUAUUUAGAAGUUGGCAAGCACAUAGUUGAGACUUUGGAAGAGCAUGCAAAGGUUGAAUGUGGAUUUGCAGCAAUAAAAGACUUAAGAACGUUCACACACGAGGACAAAAUGGAUUCCUACGUGCUUGCUGAAACUUUCAAAUAUUUGUAUCUGCUCUUUUCCGAAGAUUCUGAUCGUAUUUUGAACAUUCAUAAUUUUGUGUUCACAACUGAAGCUCAUUUGCUGCCACUAAGUUUGGGAAAUGUCAAAUUUGAAAGAAAUAAAGCCCAUUUUGACAAGAAUGAGACAAAGGUGAAAACUCAAAAGUCGGCUGGGGAGGAGAAAGAGCUGCAGUCUACAUGUCCUAACGAUGCAAAAGACAGGUUCAGCAUGCGCGAAUUUGCAAGAAUUGUGCGCAAAGGCUACAAAAAGCCAGCAACUGUAUCCCCAAUGUGUGCAUCUAAUCCCGAGUCAAAACAGCCCGACAUAACUUUAAGCUAUGACCCAAACAGGGAGCCUAAACUUCGUGCUGAGCACUUUCAGGUUGGCAACACUGAUCAUCUUCAGUUAUUGAAAGAAAUGGGAAUCAAUGUGCUCCAAACAAAUGACGGAAAAGUCCAGCUAAUCCACCAAGCUGGAACGGCUGCAACCGCUGAAGAUGCAGCAGAUGGCAUCAGAUUCAUGCAGGACAUGAUUCAAGUGUCGAAAAAUAGAGGAUUUGAACAAAACUCAGCAGCAAAGCCUCGAGUGGUUCAGUUAUUGUCUCCUCCCUUCAACGGUGAGGUCUAUUACGGUGCCGGUGCCGCUCAGUUUGGACUGGACAUAUCGAUUCAUCCUGGGGUAACUGGAGAGGUUGAAGAAGCUACUCCAUUUAAUGCUUGUAGCGAGAUAGAAAACAAGGACGACUUUGAAGGCCGCAUUGUGAUUGCGCAGAGAGGAGGUUGCAUGUUCAUUGAUAAGGUACGACGGGUUCAAAGCCUUGGUGCUGUUGGAGUCAUUAUCAUUGAUAACAACGAAAACACAUCCGUUGAUCAGCCUUUAUUCGCCAUGAGUGGUGACAGCCAUUCUGAAGAUGUCUCAAUUCCAUCUGUGUUUCUCUUCCGCAAAGAAGGAGAUGUGCUCAGACAAUAUGCAAAGGAAUCCAUCGAAAAGAACAAUAUUCGCCUAAGGGUUCGUCUUGCUGGAAAACCUAAGAAAAAAGAGCAAUCUGAAUCAGGUAAAGAAGGAGGCCAAGCUGCUUCAACGGGAGACUCAGAUGAGAAGAGUAAGGAAAAGACGAUCGAGGAAUUUUUGAAUGACACUGAAACUCCUUCUCAGAUGAAAACAGCUGACACCAGAGUUGAUUCGACUGAGGUACAAGAUGAGAACAAAACAAUCCAAGAUCAUGUUCUGGAUAGAAUGGAAUCGUCAAUGGAAAAAAAGCCCAAAGUUGUCACAGUUGAUGGCCAAAAAAUCAAGACUCAAGUUGAAACUCACAUCGGCAAAAAUGAAGAUGGAAAAAUAGUUACUUACGAGACAACGUUUACUACUUAUGAAGGCAAGGAUGAGGCGGAUCACAGGAGCGAGGUGCGCGUGGUGACUAGGAUUAUCCCUUUUAAGGAAAAUUCAUUAGAAAUUGACAAAGACCGUCUUAGUAAUGUGGAAAAGGGCGAUGUUGAGAAAGUUAUGGACUCUCACAAUGUCGAGAAGGGAAGUAGCGAAGAACAGAAGAGGGAGACUGGGGAAGAAGAAGGUGGCAAUAAUAUGCUGGAGGCACAUGAUGUUGGAAAUGAGAAUGAUUUCGACAAAAGAGAGUCUAAAGUAUUGGGUGAUGUCAAACAAAAUUCUAAUAGUGUUUCUGAAAUUGGAAAGGCACCCGAAAAAGGAGAUACGGGUCUUAAAGAUGUUAAUGAAGGUAAGGAGGGACACUUGCAAAGAGUAGGUCAGCGAAAACACGACGCUGUCAAUAACGCAAACGCCGCAAAGGAUAUAACUGCUGAUGAAGAGAAAGGUAAUAUUGAGUCCAAGGGUGAAAAUGAUGAGAAUGUUGAUAGGAAGGAGCCGUUCAUUUGCACAGGUGCUGGGUGCUUUUCUUCAGUUGAACAACUUGAGAUGUUUUCUAAACUGGCUUUGAAAGUACGCAGUGAUUUGGAGAAACUAGAAGCCGCGGAAAUGGAGCAGAGCUCAACUGAAAACGCGGCUUUAAAGUCAUCGGAGGACAUUGGGAAAACAGAUACAGUGGAUAGUGAUAAUAACUCAAAUUCACAUAUAAAAUCAAACCCAUCGGGCAGGUAGUACAUGGCUAUUUAAGCAUUUUUAAACAAAUUUAUUAAUGAAUCAAUGCUCAGCGAAUUUGUUGAUGCAGUUUAAAUGCCAACCUGAGCCCCCUACCCCAUAUAGGCGAUGUAUUCAAUGCAUGGCACAUUCAUGGGAAUUUUCAGUUCCAUCAGGAAGAGCAUUUAAAAGAUAUAGUUGUUCCGCAUCCUAUAAUGUUUCCAAUACGUACAGCACCCGUUGGUGUUAGAUCCUUUCUUGCUCUUUAGCAUAGAUAUGCUCACCUUCCAGAAAUUUCGCAUUUGAGCUGCAUGCUGAGACUAACAGUAUUUGUUAAUACGGGCUAAGCAAAUGUAACAAAAACUGUCGUUAUAAUCAGAUUAAGAAUAUCAAUGUUUUACGAAGAGUUUGAAAGACAUAAGCUUUUGCUUAUAAAAAUUAAUGGCUAAAUGUAUUUGGUCCUAAAUAGUCUAUGUUUAUACAGUAAUACGUGUGCAGCUUUCGGUAAUGCUGCUAUCUUUAAGAGUGUUUAUAAAUUAGCACUGUAACUGAAUUAUGGAUCCAAUACAUCAAGUGGGUAUUUUGCCUCUUUAUUUUCUUUUAGUUUCAGGCUGUGCCCUUGCUAAUUAACACACAUCCUCCUUGUAAUCGAGAAUGUUUGUUUCACAAAUAUCCCCCUAUUUUAAAACUGAAAGCUAUUCCCCCCCCCUCCAAGUAAGUACAUAUAUUUAUAGAUCAGUUUUAUCUUCAGUUGCAAGGCCAUGCAUGAAAGUAAUCUGUAUACUUACUCUUGCAUCCUUUAGCUUUGUGUAGGUGGUUUUCUUUUAUCACGUGCCAUAGAUCAUGAAUGACCACGUUUCUUUUCCAAUAGCUCCAGCUCGUUACUGAAAUGUAAUUUUUUAAGCUAUUUAAGAUUUUUGACAUGUUUUGUUGAAGUUUCUAUCUUGUAUGCUAUUACGUGACGUCAAAGCUAAUGAAAUCAGUUUGAUGUGUUACUGAUAGGGAACAUUGUAAGCCCUGGAAUAAUUAACUGUGAAUGCCCAUAAAAUGGAAAUAAGCAAAAGCUAGCUCGGACUAGAGCAAUUUGUUUUAAAUAUUGCGAGGAAAGCAAAAACCGAGUGCUGGGUCAUUGCCAGAUUACUACAGUGUGUUAAAAUGUUUUUACUUCCCUCCUGACUAAGGAAAUAAAAGAAAACCUCUCGAGUAUAUAUUUCUUCGAAUUAUAUUUACACCUGAUGUUUGAAGUUAAAUUUUUUAUUUUAUUAUAGCCAUAGAUCGAUUUAUUUCUUCACUUAAUGUGAAACUGAAUUUCAUACAGAAAUUAUAAGAUUUGUGCUCUGUAAUUUUGAAGAUAUGAAUUGAAUGUUUGCCUACACUUGUA